CCAAAGUCAUUGAGCCGCACUCACAUAAGGAGUAGAUGGGAGUUUCUCAGGGCAUAAGAAUGCUGGGCAGUAACUCGGAUUAUUGUUCAAUGCCUUCUUCCCUUCGAAUCUUCCAUUUUUUUGUGGCUCUUCUUUGCACAAUUUUUGGAACCCUGGAUAGAUAUGACACUUGUGCAAUCCUUUUUGUUUUGAUUUAUAUCUACGUUCUCUCUUACUAAGUUUGCCGAGAUUUCCUUCUUCCUGGCCAUCUCGAUCUUUUGUUCCUCGCCAGGUUUCGUUCGCCAACACCGUCUUUGUCGCCGGGUUUCGUUCGCCAACGCCGUCAUGCAUCGCAAGUUUGAUUUCGCAUGGUUUCAAGCCAAAUUGUAGCCAAAUUUAUGAGGGAUCGUGAGCGGCUUAAAUGACCCACUAAGAUUCCGAAGUUGGUUUCCAUCUCCAAUCCAAGAUUCUUCAGUUUUGGUCAAGUUUGUGGCUUCGAUGCACUAUUCACGGUGCAACCUUUUACUGCCCAGGUUCUUGCGCAUAUUCUCUCCAUUUUUGGUGAUUCUUGGCUGUUUUCAACGGAUUUUAAUUAUCUAUAUUUGGGUUUUAAUUCAAUAUACUGGUGGUGAAACAUUGAUUAUAAGAUUUGUUAUAAGAAAACAUGUUUGGCAGUAGUUUUGUGCAAACGUAUUUUAGAAUUUGAAAACAAAAGUUGUGAUACAAAACCAUACUAGUGAAUUUCAUCUAAUGAACACUUUUGGUCAAAGAAUCUCCCAGAAGGAAAAUGAGGCAAGGUCAGUAUGUAGUAUUUUCUAUUCUCUCCUCAUUUAGUGUAUUUGGUUAAGAUACUUAGAGUUUUUUUUUUCUUUUGAAAAUUUAUUUAAAGCAGUUGGAACUUUAAAAAUCACCCUUUUGAAGAGACUUAAUAUGUGAUUCAGGAGGUUAUGACAUGGAGGAGAAAGAAACAAGGGCAUAUGAUCUUGUUGCUCUCAAGUAUUGGGGGUCUUCAAUCCAUAUUAACUCUCCGGAAAACUACUAAAAAGAGCUUGAAGAAAUGAAGAACAUGACUGGACCAGAAUACGUAGCCCCAUCAGAGAAGGUAAUAAUUUCCCAUUCUUAAAGAUGAUGAUGAUAAUGUUGUUCUUUAUUGCUUUCCAAUAAAAUUCCUAUGUGUUUAAGGAAAAGCAGUGGAUUCUCUUGGGGUGCUUUGAUGUAUCGAGGGGUUACAUGGCUCUUUAUUUUCUUGAAGCUUUAACUGUCAUCAUACUUCUGUAGGAAAUGUUAUGGAUUUUUGUCACUUAUGGUCCUUUCCUAUUUUUAAUUUAAUCCAGUUCAAAGAAUUAGCAUAAAUACUCUCUAAAGAUCUGAUUUUUUCAAAAGUUACAAUUUAUGUUAUUUGAAAAUGAAACUUUUAAGUAUAAGUGCUCUCUAAAAAUCUGAUUUUUAGCUUGAGAUCCGAGUUCGACAGGCCCAAUCAAGAGCUUUGCUGCUUUUGCCCUACACCUCUGAAAGGUUUUUUCGACACUAUGAUAAACAUGAAACUUGAUGAAGAGCCCAAGUACUCUAAGUUAAUAUCUCUUUUUUUUGUUUUUGAAGUCGUUCACUUGCUCGAUCUCCUGCCGUUGGAAGAUCUAGAACAAUUGCAGCAGCAGCAACUGCUGUUGCUGGAGGAGAUGGUGGUAAGCUGGCUACACCGGAGGGUAACCAUUGAUUGUCUGAGUUGCUGCGGCAGCCGCCAAUAUUGCCUGUUUUCCAUUGUUUUUGGCAAAAAAAGAGUCUGACAGGGAUACAUGGGCUUGAAGAAAAGACUGGGUUAUGGAACAAUGGGACAACGGCUUUGAGAGGCCAAGUAAAGUACAAGAAGUCACUCUGCAUAUGAUACUCACUCUUCCACAUACUCUGCCUGUGAUAGACAUUUUGCACAAAUUUUAUUUUGAUGUUGUAUCAUUAUCCAAAAUGUGUUGCCUUUUUUAAACCUUUGCAAUAUGUAUGCUGCAUUAAGUUGCUCCACUAAUAUUUAAGUAAAUAUUAAGUUAUUAU